UCUUCCUCUGUGCUCCUGGCACUUCCUUGUUCCUUUAUUAGGCAUGUGCCUUUCAGACUCGUGGAAAUGGGACAGUGGAAGAGAAACAUCACUGACAUCUAUACACUUAUUUAAGCAUAUUGCUUACAUAGACCUUUUUUUUUCUCAGAAAAAUUAGAAAUCAUCUGUUGAAAAGAAAUUACUAUUAGUUUGGUUUUGGUUUUUCACUGAAGUAAUGGAGUGAACCUUGAAAUAGUUUGCUUUCUUUCCACAACUGUCACCUGUUUUCAGUAAGUAAACUGUAGUUAACAAGAAAAAGGUUUGUACACAGCAACCAAAAUGUAGAUAGGCAGGAAGACUAAAGUACGCUUAGAUAGCUGUGUCAAAUUUAUCUUCAGGUUACAAGACACUCUUUUUCAGUAGCUUAGCUCUCCAGUCAGAUCUGUUUAUUACUGAAUGAUAGAAAGACCUGUCAGGUCUAUUUGUUACUGAAUGAUAGAAAGAUCCAUGUCAGUUUUGUCAUAUAAUCCAAAGUGGAAAUGUUAAAAGAUGCAGAUAUGCCAAUAGCUGUUCUCAGUUAAUGCAGAUACAGAUCUGAAAUUCAUAUAUUCAUGUACUUGAGUGUGUAUUAGGUUUAUUUCACGCCUGGAUCAGGUUUGAACAGCCAUUUCUCAAAAUGUUGAUAAAAGUAGAUAAGAAAAUAGUGUGACUAUCAGAUCAAGUGAAAAUAUAGAAAGCAGUUACUCUGGGAUGCUCAAAACCAGACAAGGUGGUGUGAAUAUACUUAGAACAAAAGGGGUUUCAUUCUUUCUUGUAUUAUAGAAAUGCCUCUGAAAGCAAGUAGUAGAAGAAGCACAAAAGCCAUUCCCUUAUCCACCCCCAUGAAGGAAAUGCAGGAUUUCCAGAAAUAAGACAUGAAUGGUGAGGCACCUCAGCAGUCCUUGCUGUUGAUGGCCAGAAUAAAGUCCUUGGAAAUGGCCAUUAAAUGAGCUGAGAACCUGUAUGUAAUUUGGGAAAAGUUAGCAAGACAAAUGACAGACUGCACUUAAUGAAGAUCUAGGGUAUUUGGCUUCAGUUGUGUGGGGGUUUUUUGGUUUUUUUCUUUGGUGCUUUGGUGGGGGUUUUUUGGGUGGUUUGGGGUUUUUUUGUUUGUUUGUUUGUUUGUUUUUUUAAUGGAGAAAAUUAUCUAUUCAUGCACCAAGGAAAUAUUUAACACUACUAGCAGAAGAAAGCUUGCUUAUUGGUGAAGGCAUAUACAGCUGUGGCAAAAAAUGCAUGCUGCAAUAUAGUAUGAGCAAAAUAUUCAUCAGUCACUGGACUUCACCCAAAAUAAAGUGUGUUGUGCAAGUCAAUGUCUGAAAAGGAAUUUCCCUAAAAUAGAAGGGUUUGAUUAAGGGCAGUAAAAUGAGUAGGACAGAGAUUCUCCUAUGAUGGCCCUGGGAAGACAAAUAUUAAGUAUUUGUAAAACUGAAUAGUAAAACAAAUAGGAAAGUAGAGGACUCUUGUUCCGUCUUGUAGUACAAGAAGAGAGGGACAUGUAAAUGAAAGUGAAUUGGAGUUACAUUUGGACUGAACCAUUAUGCUCCAUGCUCAGAAUUUGAGCUGAUCAGAGAUAAGGGUGGAACAUGAAGAGGCAGACUGUCCUCACAUUUAUAUCAGCAGCCUUUCUGUCUUCUGCAGAAAUGCCUGGAGUUGGCUGGUGUCAAAGGGCGUUAAAAGGGAUGGAUUCCUGGUCUGAUCCCGUCUGAGUUAAAGUGCCAGCAUCUAAGCUAUUGAGAGGAUAGCAAAUGGCUUCCAUUCAUGAAACAAGCAUUUGAAUGUGAUCAAUCUUUUCCAGGGGAAUGAUCUUUCCCUAAGCAAACUACAUUUUAAAACAGUAAGAGAUGUUACCAGUAUGUUGAUUUCUAGUAGCUCUAAUGGUAUCUCAGGUGCAGCAGAAAUACUGUCUAGCCUCUGUUCUGGCUCAAAGAGCAGGGUGGGCUGCCUGGAGGCGCCCGGGCAGCGCUCGGCGAUGCCGCAGGUGCCGUUUCCCGGGGAGCGGCCCGGCCCGGCCGGCACGACGGCAGUUGGAGCCUCGGGGCGGUUCCGCCCGGGCUGGGCCCUUGCAGGUUCUAUCCCCGCUCGGGCGGGGGCGGCCGGUACCGGCGGCCGCGAUGGGGCCUCUGCCGGGGCUCCUGCUUCUGCUGCUGCUGGGCGCGGCGGGGUGCCCCGGGGCCCGGGGGGCCCGGCCCGCGGAGCCGCGCACCGCGUGGGUGACGGUGCCGCGGCAGCUCAGCCCCCGCCGCGGCGACGACGCCCCGGCCCUCUCCUACUGGCUGAACGUGGGCGGGCGGCCGCGGGUGCUGCGCCUGCAGCCCAGGAGGGGCCUGGUCUCCCGCCCCUUCACGCUGGUCACCUACGGCCGGGACGGGGCCCGCCGGGAGGAGCACCCCUUCGUACGGGACAACUGCUUCUACCAGGGCGACGUGGUGGGGAGCCCCGGCUCCCUUGUGGCCCUCAGCACCUGCGGCAGGGGCCUCCACGGCGUGCUCUGGGUGGAGGACGAUACCUACCAGAUCGAGCCCGUCCCCAAUGAUCUGGCCUUUCGGCACAUUCUCUACCGCAUGGAGGGAGACAACAGCUCCGAGGGAGCCAGCUGCGGACUGACGCCGGAGGUGCUGCAGCAGCAAAAGGCUGUGCUGCCGUGGUUCAAGGCUCCCAAGUCAGCGGGGGAGAACGAAAAGCUGAGGGACUGGUGGACGCACAUCACGUAUGUGAAGAUGGCAGUGGUCGUGGACCACGUGCGGUAUGUAAAGUCAGGCAGGAGCAAAUCCAAAGUCUUGAAGGACGUCAUGCAAGUCAUCAAUGCUGGGGACGUUUUGUGCAAACAGCUUUCUAUCCGGCUGUUUGUUAUAGGAUUGGAGAUCUGGACUGAAAAGAACAUUAUAAAUAUUACUAACUCUAUUGCCCCGGUACUUAAUGCGUUUAACUCCUGGAGAAAGUCAAACCUGUUACCUCGGAUGUACCACGAUGUUGCUCACUUAUUUGCAUAUCAGUGGUUUGGAAGCAGCUUGGGAUUGGCAUAUAUAGGGACAGUGUGUGAUAAGCACUGGGCAGCAGCUGUUAUUUCCUACACUGAUAAAAAGGUGUCUGUAGUUACUAUCACAUUUGUCCAUGAGCUGGGCCAUAAUCUUGGGAUGAUUCAUGAUAAACCGGAUUGUAAUUGCAAACGCAAGCAUUGCAUUAUGUAUGAAAACAAUGUUGACACUGACUCGUUCAGUGACUGCAGUUACAAAGAUUACUUUGAGCUGAUUGUAAAUGGUGCUUCAUGCCUUCGUCAGCCACCAGCACCUGGCAGUUUCAUCACCGGGAUGAGUGAAUACUGUGGGAAUAAAAUAGUAGAAAGUGGAGAGCAAUGUGACUGUGGUUCAGCAGCAAGCUGCCGAAGGGAUCCUUGUUGCCGCACAAACUGUACAUUUACUGCAGGUUCAGACUGUGCAUCUGGAAGAUGCUGCAAGAACUGUAAGGUCCUUCCAGCAGGAACACUCUGCAGAGCAAGUACUGGCAGCUGUGACCUGCCAGAGUAUUGCAAUGGAACUUCCCCUCAGUGCCCACUGGAUGUAUACCUACAAGAUGGAACUCCUUGCAAUGAUGGUGUUUAUUGCUAUCAAGGAAAAUGUUCAUCCCACAAUGAAAAGUGCCGGCGUCUCUUUGGCAAACAUGCCAAGGUUGCUCCUUUAGAUUGCUUUAAAGCAGUGAAUACUCAAGGUGACCGGUUUGGGAAUUGUGGUAUUCGUAACAAUAUCUAUUUUGCAAAAUGCAGUACUAAGAAUGUCUUAUGUGGUAGGAUUCAGUGUGAAAACAUAGUCAUAAUACCUUUCUUGCAGAACCAUGUAACGCUAGUCCAAACUCCUGUUCGAGAUAAAAAUUGCUGGGGCCUCGACUAUCACGUAGGGGUACCAAGAGCAGAUGUGGGAGCUGUGGAAGAUGGCACACCAUGUGGUAGUGAUAUGCUUUGUAUCAACAGGACGUGUAUGAGUGUAUCAGUGCUGAACUACGACUGCAACAUGACAAAGUGUCAUGACAGAGGAGUGUGUAACAAUCACAAGAACUGUCACUGUGAGUAUGGCUGGGCUCCUCCAUAUUGUGAAUCGGAAGGAUAUGGAGGUAGUGUUGACAGUGGACCCCCUCCACCUAAGAAGGCUGAGAGACUAAAAGUAAGACUAGCGCUACUUGGGUUUUAUUCUGUGUGUUUUGUUGGAAUAGUCCUUUCCAUCCAUUAUAGACAGAAAAUAGAGGGAUGGCUUGCGAAGAAAAAAGCCCAAUUCCGUAGAAAAUUGUUUCAAAGACCGAAAAAAAAAGAAGUUCCUAAAGAAAAGUCGCCUGCUGGUGAGUUAAAAUCCACCAAAGAUAAAAAACCAGCAUCUUGGGAUGUUAUUGAGGAACUAUCAGACUGA